AUGGGGUUGAAAAGAAAAUCUAGCUCUUUGUCAGUUCAACCUGCCAAAAGACAAAAUUCCAAUAUUGCUAGCGGCCUUCUAUCACCUCCGCAAACUCCUUCGGUAUCGCGGCUUGCUGGCAAGGCUGUUAUGAUGCUGUCAUCUUUAUCCACAAUGGAAGCAACUCCUAGUUCUUUCGGUCUUCUAACCCCUUCAUAUGAGGAGCAUACCAUCACUGAAGAUGUUGAGGAUAAGGCAACUAUUGGUGAAAUGGAAUAUGCCAUACAAAACAAAGAGAACAUCCAUCCUGAGCUCUUUAGUGAGAAGGAAUUACAAUUGAUAAAAGAAGUUGAAGCUUUUGAUGAUAGGCACAACAUCAAGACACCUGAAACCAAUUCACUUAAAGACUCGGUAUAUACUAAGGCUAAAAAACUAUUUAGUAAAUGUGUUGAUAUUACCACAACCAGUUCCCAAAAAACAAAUUUCUGUCUCAUUGGCAGAGAAAAGGAAUAUUCUGCUAUCGAGUCGUUCCUCAUCAAAAACAUACAAAAUAAUGCCUCUGAUUUCCUCUACAUUUCUGGCCCACCAGGUUGUGGAAAGACUCAACAAGUGUCUUAUAUCUUGGACCGUUUAGUAUCUACUGGAACAGGUGAGCCUGGAAGAUCGUACUUUGAGAUCAGCUUCGAUGAUAAAGAGGUGAAAAAGAUCACCGUGACGAAAAUCAAUUGUAUGAGACUAUCGAAUUUGAAUGAGAUUUUCGAAGAAUUUUUGAAGAAUUUUGGGAUCAAUGCUAAAAAAAUUGGAACGUAUCCAAAAUACUUGGAACUUGAACAUGAAUUGCUGGCCAAAGAAUUGUUUACCUUGUUGAUUUCUGAAGAAGAAUUCUCUGACAAUAACGUCAUUAUCUUGGAUGAACUAGAUGCCGUCUUAAAUAAUUCGAAAUCGAAUGCGGACAAGCAGUUGGUAUUUGACUUUUUCUUGUUAGCAAAGCCAAAGAAGGAUGCUGAUACCAGACUAGUCUUGGUUGGUAUUGCUAAUGCUUUGAACUUGAUUGAUAAAAUUGCACCAAGAUUGAAACAUAAUGGUUUAAAGACUUCCAUGGUCCAAUUUUUGCCAUACACCACUGAUAAAAUUGUUGACAUAGUCAAGCAAAAACUUUUAUCAUUAUGCGAGAAUGAAAAACAACUCAAGCAGUUGAAAAAUCCAAAUGACUUCCCAAUAAUAAACUUCUCUGCUUUACAACUUUGUGCUAAAAAAACUGCUUCAAAUACUGGUGAUUUGAGAAAAGUUUUUGACAUUUUGUAUCGUUCCAUCGAAGCUGUUGAAACCAAUACAAGAAAACAGUAUUUGUCUAAUCCCGAAAAGCAAUUGCAUGAAUUUUAUUGUUUGACACCAACAGAUGCCCCUAAAGUCUCUAUUUCCCACAUUGCAAAAAUUUGCUCCACCUCAUUAAAUGGUAUUUCAUGUGUCAGCCGUUUGAAAACAAUCAAUCUUUACCAAUCCGUUAUUCUAAUUUGUCUUGCAAAAAUCGAACAACAGAAGAAUGAACAGUUAUUGGUUCAGAAACACAAAUCAAUACUUCAAGACUCAAAUACAAAUUCCCCCCAACUUUUAGGAUCAUCAUCAAUAAAGACAUUACCUGCAGCAACUAUGAGAAGACCUUCUGCUUUAAGAGCUUCAUCUUCAAUCAAGACCACUAUCAAUAUAACCGAAUUGUUUACCUUCUACAAGAAAACUGCUAGAAAAGAUAAAAAUAUUCCUUCGACGUUGACAAAGCCCGAAGUUACUGAAAUUUUAUCAACUCUUAAUACCAUUGGCCUAGUAAAUGUCUUGAACAAAGGUAGUCAUACCAAUAUCAAUUCUCAAACUGUCAUUAGCUGUUGUGGCGUUGGUUUGGGUGAUUUAAAUAAAUUUACAGACUCUAAGUUUGAAAUCUUAAAAAGCUUACUCAAAGUAUAA